CGGGACGGCAAACGCGCCGCCGUGUCAUUGAUUCUCCAUCCGUCGUAACACCCACAAGUGGCGAUUCAAUUAAAAUAAAUAUAAAAGCAAAAAGAAUCGCUGGAGAGUAUAAAAGUGGAAGAGCCCGCGCCGAUCCAUUCACUCCCCACUCCGCCAUAUUGACGAGUAAUCUUUUGUUGCGAAGCCCUUUUUCGCAAUCCCUGAGCAAUUCUAGCCUCGUCGUUUCAAAAUUCUCGUAGCUGCAAAAGAAAAAUUCUACUAACUGGCCACGUUUGUUGCUCAAUAAAGCUGCUGCUCUUUAGCAAUCUUUCAUGAGACGUAUUCCCUAAACAUGUCUGGUCGAAAAGAAACAGUUUUGGAUUUGGCGAAGUUUGUCAACAAGGGUGUCCAAGUCAAGUUAGAUGGUGGAAGACAAGUGACUGGGACGUUAAAAGGAUAUGACCAUUUGCUGAAUCUUGUUUUGGAUGAAGCAAUUGAAUUUCUCAGAGACCCUGAUGAUCCACUGAAAACUACUGACCAGACGCGGCGCCUUGGCUUAAUAGUGUGUCGGGGGACUGCCGUGAUGCUUGUUUCCGGCAGCGACGGGACAGCUGAGAUUGCCAACCCAUUUGUCCAGCCGGAUGGGGCGUAGACUCUAACCCUGUUCCCAGUUACUUGUUCCCCUGAAAGUUCAAUUCUUGUAGGCAUUGCUUUGGAAUUUCCAGAGUAUAUUUCUUGCUCCAGUUUUGUGUGCGCAAUCACAUUACAGAAAUCUAUUCUGUAAAUUUGUACACAGUUGCCUUGAAGCGCUAUUGUAGUAUUGAUAUACCACUUAAUCUCCAUAAUAUCUACCGGUAAUUACAUUCACAACCUUAA